AAGCAGAAACUCAGGCAAGAACUUAAGCAAGAACUCAAAUUCACAACCUCGACAUCAAUUUUAGAAUCAUCUCGACUAGAAAACUCGUUUAGCUCCCGGUUCACCCAUUGGGCAAAUACUAAGCUACUCUAUUCUGAGAUAACUUUCUCCCACGCUCAAAAUGUCUAUGGUAACCAUCUCUAGCCUACAGCGCAUCACGGCGUCAAAGCUAGCUGAGAUGUUACUUGUCAGCGCGAACCCGCCGUCUUCGGACGCAACCGUAGCCAUCGUGGACGUGCGAGAUGACGAUCAUAUAGGCGGGCAUAUCAAGUCGUCGCUGCAUUUCCCUAGCCGCAGCCUUGACGCUACCAUGCCCACCCUAUUGCGCAAGCUCGCCGACAAGGAGAUAGUUAUCUUCCAUUGCGCCUUGAGCCAGCAGCGCGGUCCUAGCGCCGCCCUUAGAUACAUCAGAGAAAAGGAAGCGGCAGCCUCGGCGGUAAAGAGGACUGCAGAGGAGAAAGAGGUUAAAAAGGAGGGUAAUGCGGCCAAGCAACAGCAAGUCUACGUUCUAGAUAGGGGCUUCGUCGGCUGGCAGGAAGUUUAUGGCCCUGAUGAGCGUCUUACAGAGGCGUAUAGAAAGGAGUUAUGGGAGAGUGGGUAUUAGACCAAGGCCACGAUCAGAAAACCGCAGCAUUAGAGAUUGGCGUUUAGUCAAGAUGGAUCAAGAAGCAUGUCUAUUGGCAAGUGCGGUUGUGGAUUAUAUUCGGUGAGCUUGUUCUAUCAUUUUCCCUGGUAAUUUCUUCGACUCACAAAUGCUCAGAAGGGGUAACUAAUUCCCCGACGCCGCUGUGUGCAGCCCUUGGGAUGGCGAAAUCGAGUUCUAGACGUCAAGGUCAAGACGUGACAUUCCAUUGUAGAUCGAGCAUAGUUAAUUCGAAGUUGUCUCACUACAUGAGUUCAAAUUGAAUUUACAUAGGUUUCAACGUGUCUUAGAAUCUACACGAUAAGCUCAUGCUUGCCUAGGGGCUAGAAGUCUUUGGCCAGAGAAGCCCCAUUCUUAGAUAUACAAUAAAGACAUGCUCAAGAUUGACCGAGAGAAUUUGAGUUCUCGCAUUGACGCAAGGGGGACUUCAAAUAUAC